AUGGCGAGAUUACUGCUCAACCCUUUCGUUUCCAUCUUCAUACUCUUCGUACUAUCACUUGCCGUGAUAGCAAAAGGCGAUCCGGCUCAAAAUACGACAACGUCGCCGUGGUUUGAGCAAGUGAUAAGUCAUCAUCGUCUUCAUCGUUCUAAUCCGAGGCAGCUAGGGUGUAGAUGGAGGCCGUGGAUUUGCAGGCGGGGAGAGCACCCGCCGGGAGUUCGGAUGCGGUGUUGCCGGAACCAAUGCGUCGACGUUUCGUCGGAUGUUAAUCACUGCGGUGUCCCUGGAGGAGCCGCUGCGUUUAUGGAAUGUGCGGUUAUGCGUAGCCCUUUCUUUCUCCGUCUAUUCCGACGUCACCACCGUCUCUGCCGCCGUGCGGGGUGCUUACGGCGUUAA